AUGGCCAUGAUGGAAGACAUUGUUGGCGACUACAAGGACAAGACCGUCACCCUUGAGGACUUCAACUUCGUCUCUCCACCCAUCAAGACCGCCUCGAUCCAUCCAUGCCGCCACGCCAGCGUCAUGAAGAUCUUGCUCGACCGCGCCGAUGCCGCUCUGAAGUUGCGUAUCCAGAAGAUGAAGAACGGCCAAGAAGUCUCCAACCAAGGCAUGGAAGGCUUAGUCGAUCAGACCAGUGGACUCAAAUUGGACGAAGACAAGGUCGAUGCCAAGAAAGCCGACGAGAAGAAGAAUGAUGAGUGGGAGGUCUUGACUGACGACGGCAAAGAAGACGAGGUGGCCAUCCGUGUCGAUCAGUACCUUAUCGUUUUCCUCAAGUUCAUGGCUAGUGUCACUCCUGGCAUUGACCAUGACAACACUAUGGCCAUGUAG